UGUCUGUUUGUCGCUCUGUCUGUCUGUCUGUCUGUCUGUCUUUCUGUCGGACAGCACUAGGGAAGGGCGCUCGCUGUUACGUAAAACACGUAACAAACUACGUAGCCGUCCCUGGAGUUAGCUGCUAGUUAGCCGCUGUUAGCUGCUGAUAGCUGCUCACUCUCUCUAUAUAUAAUAUGGUUUAGGGACAGAUCCGAGUGUUGGAAUGCAGCCGCCUCUGCCCCCCUCCGCGGCCCGGGGGCUCGUGCGCUCCUGCCUCCACCGGGACCCGAUGGCGGCAGACCUGCGCUGCAGCCUCUUCGUGGCGGCGGCACAGAGCUACAAGAGGGACUCCCUGCUGAGGCCCUUCCCCGCCAGAUACCUCAGAGGAGAGAACAAGGAGUUUGAGGAGCUGCUGACAGACGUGAGCAGCUUUCCCUGUGUGAGGGAGCUGGUGAGACUGAACCCCGGGGAAGGAGACCAGUAUGUGGCCCUGGCACACUGGAUCCUCUCCUCCAAGAGCUUCGCUGUGAAGACCCUUCAGAAGGAAGAGUACCCCAGGCUGUGUGACCUGACUAAGAACGAGGGCGUCUCAGCGCCGGUUCCAGACUUCCUGUUUGAGCUGGAGUACUGUGACCAGAUGAACGCGCGCUUUGAGAAGACGCGCUCGGACAGAGACCUCUUCUAUGCAUUCCACGGGAGCCGGCUGGAGAACUUCCACUCUAUCCUUCAUAACGGCCUCCACUGUCACCUCAACAAGACCUCCAUGUACGGGGAGGGGACCUACCUGACCAGUGACCUCAGCAUGGCAGUGCUGUACAGCCCCCACAGCAGUGGCUGGAGGGAGAGCCUCCUAGGGCCGCUGCUGAGCUGCGUGGCCCUGUGUGAGGUCAUCGACCACCCGGACGUCAAGUGCCAGGUGAAAAGGAAAGACUCUGACUCUGUCGACCGCCAGCGGGCGAGAGCGAAGAACAGCGAGGGCGGGGAGGUCCCGGAGAAAUACUUUAUCGUCACCAAUAAUCAGCUGUUGAGAGUCAAGUACCUUCUGGUUUACUCCCAGAGGAAGAACCUGUCCAGGCACUCGCGCGGCUCCUCCUGGAUGGUCAGGCACCACUUUGCGGUCAUGAUGAGUCUGUACCUGCUGCUGCUCAUCUGCAUCGGGGCCUUCAACUCCUCCAGCUUCUCCUCCUUCGUCCACAGACUGUUCCGCUGAUGAGCCGGCCCCUGGGUAGUACUCUGCGUGCCUUCCGGCUUACAGGCAAUCUUCACAUGAUCUACAUUUUGUAUUUUAUGUAUAUAUAUAUAUAUAUAUAUAUAUAUAUAUAUAUAUUUCUCUCUCAGAAAGAUCACUGAUCAUUUAACCUUGAUGCUCAUUUUUGAACAAGAAGUUAUCAUGACAGCUGUUACGUUAUGAUUACUCGAUAUCCUCUUAAAAAUACUUAAAAGAAACAAUGGUCUAUCUACUUUAUCUUUUUUACUGCUAUGCAAAGAAACCUCCUGUAUCAGAUACCUGGUCGGUUGGUCCUGUAAACUUUUUUUCUGCCCCGACUGCCCGCCUGCGAUGCCAAACUCACAGAAUGCGCAACGUAAGCUUGUGUUGUUUUAAAGACCUGACUGGAGAUUUUCAUCACAAGUAAUAUUUCUGUUUGUUGUUGAAUGACUUUUGAGGGGAUAUGAGUUGAUGUAUGCUCUCAUCCAUCACUAUUACUGCAUCCUGUUUACCAGGAGCAAUGGAAUCAUCAACCACCAUUCUGGUUGUUUCUUUAAUUUAGGAAACACAGUCAACAGAAUCUACAAAUGUAUAUCAUCAUUUUCUGAAUCCAGCUACAUUUAUAUCCAUGUUAGUGCAUCGAUUACACCCUACUUAUACCACACCUGGUAUUGCAUUAUUCUUGAUCUACGUGACGUUGUGCUCCACGCUCACCGUGUCCGGGACUCGCAGUGGAAACAGUGAGGAUUAGCCUCCUGCCAAGGUCUUAAGUCGCUUCGCCUCAUCGACCAACGUCUUUCUGAAGGCCCCGUCCUCACCAACCCCAGGGCUCACAGGGCCCACUGUGGGCUGGCCGUGUCCCUCACUCUGCCCGCUCCACCCCGGGAGAGGAGGAGCACCUGAAGGUGUUCCUCUGGUUUACCUGCCCUGGGCACGGCCGGUCUUCGGGUCCAUUGUCCCGUUAUCAGGGGUAGAGGCGGUGAUACGGGCUGAUAACAGCGGCUGCUUUGGCGAAGUCGUCUUUGGUUCCAGGGGUUGGGUUACUAUACAGCGUUGUUUAUCAGCGGUAAGAGCGGCAUAUUGUUUUUGUUUCUCACUUGUUUUUAAAGCGCCGCUGCAUUUCAGAAUUAAAUGCAAUGCAUUUACUUUUUCAUGCUUUUUGAACAUGGUGGAAUACUGUUGGAAUAUUGUUUUACAAUAUUUAUGCAAAUAAUAAUAAAUAAAUAAUAAAACGGACACUAUAAUAUCUAUAUAUAUAUAUAUAUAGGGCACUAUAAUAUGUUAUGCAGACCACACACUUAAUUAAGAUAACCCCUUGUGUUCGGGUUAGGGUUAAAUACAUGAGGUUGAUUGGGCUGAUUUUGGUCUGCUUUGGAUGAAAGCGCACGCUUUUAUCCAAAGCGACACAUCUGUCAGAAGGUGAAACAAUAUAUCGCUGUGGGAACGGUAAGGAUGUUCAUAUAACCAAGUGCCAAGCACUAACAAUCGAUAGUUUAACCCAUUCCCUGUGUACAACAAAGAUAGCUAGGAUAAGAUGCUACACAACUAAGUACUAUAAGUACGACAUACAAUAACUGCGUACAUUAAAUACCAAUUCAGACCUAAUAAUUACAGCAUAUUUAUCUUAGUCAUGCAAUUUAAAGUAUUGGGAGCAAGAUCGUGAGACUUGCAAUGGAUGGACUGCUUUGUUGUCAUAAAGCUGAAAUGGCCCGCUGUGGUCGUUGACUCUAUUCCAUCAACGAGGAACGAGAGGUUCAUAAAACUAACUGAGUUGCUGAGUUACCAUUUCCCCAACGACCAACUUUGGGGAAAUGGUAUGGAUGAAGGAAAUCUAUUUGUCUGUUUGGAUCAUAUUUAUUUAGAUAUUAAAUUACAUUGUGUUACUCCAGUGACUUUUGACUAUGAAUACACCAAAAUAGUAUAUCAUUUAAAUCGAAAUUCUGUUCGGAUGUUUCAUGUGUGUAUUAUGUAUGAAGUCCCAGUGGAAAGGUUUUCAGUAUUCAAACGUGUGGUGCCAUUGCGCUGAUCCAAGGAUUCUUAACACGAAAUCGAGUUUAUAAAAAUAAAACCUUUAUUUCACAUAAAUCAAAAUACAUUUUAUUUCACAUCAUCUUCACAUACAAUUAUGACAGGGACAGAUUGGCACAAAAAUAGAAAUGGGAAGAGUGAUGGAAUGGAAGGGUAGGAAGAGUGUGAUGGAACGGUAGAAAGAGUGUGAUGGAGUGAUGGGAAGGCAGGUGUCAACUGGCAGAGCAGAGUUUAUUGUGAUUGGCUGGGCAGUAUUGGAGUGUGAAAUCUGGAAGACAGCUGCCCAAAUCAGUAGAUUCCAGCACUACAUAAAAAAACACAAAAAAGAUCUACACACCUUCUGACAAAUGUACUUAAGUUGUUUGUUAUUAUUUAAAAAGUAUCUAUUAAUCUAUUUCUAGACACCACAGAGAAAUAAGAGGUCAUUACGGGUUCACUGUUAAGAAAAGCCUUUGGUUCUAAGGAAGCUUGACCGGGCUAUCGUACUUUACAGCUCAAACCAGAUAGCAGGAGUGUCAGUAUCCCUAAACCCCCCCCAAAUCUGUUAAAUAUUUGUUCCGGCAGCAAAAGAUCUUAUUUGCAAUGCAAAAUAAAUGACAUGUCCCUUUAAAAAUAUAUAUAUAUUUUGUAAAGCGCACAAUAUUAUCUGGAGUAGUCGGUCAAUUUAAUCUGGAGAUAAUGUCGUGAUGCCAUUCCUGUCCUGGACAUAAGAGGAGCAGCCCUUGCCAGCUCUGCAGAUUCCCCUGGUGGACUGAGGGCCCCCAUGGUCUGAGGGCCCCCGCAACUCUCCUCAGCACCGCAGCCCCAGUGCACGCCAGGGGGGGGCGGUGGAUCUGCACGCAGGAGGGCAGUGCAGGGCCUGCAGUCCCCCAGCAGCAGCAGCACCAGAGGCCUUGCUCUCUGGCCGCACCGCCCGAGGGAACGAGGUCACCAUGUGGAACAUCAGCGUCUCCUUAGUGUCGGCUGCAACAGGGAGGGAGGGGAGCGAGGGACAGUGCUGACCAAACUAAGACACCUUCAGUACCUUUUAUAUUUAAGGCAGAAAGUGUCUGAAAGUACCAAUUAACUACUACUUAGUAAUAUUUAUUUUAUUUCAGUUUUACAUUUACACUUGUUUUUUAAGUCUCAGAACAUUACUAUUAAUUUUUGAAAUGUUAAAUAUAAAUAUGUCAAAUAUGUAGUUUGUAAAAUAUCAACGCAUAUGUUGCUUUUAUCUUUACAGUGCCGCUGAGCAGUGCUGCUGUAAUGUGCCUGUAUAGUAGAAUUAUAAAGAAUCACAAUGUAACUGCCUAGCUCUUACACAUCCAUAGAAUCGGCUUGGGAUAGUGUUAUUUAUUUGUAACAGUAGAUUAAAUGAAGCCAUUCUCAAUAGUCACAUCAUUUAAAUAAACUUUAAAUGAAUUUUUUUUCUAAUACAUUUUUUGAAAAGCACAAACCUUUUGUUGACAAGUUUUCCUGCAUAUGUGAUGAUUUAUUAUGUUGUUAAUUCACUGCUUUGGAUGCAGUGAUUAUUUUUUACAGGGAAAACCUCCAACAGGAUGUUCUUCAGCAACGUCUGACAGGCUUAUGUCUGCCACCAACACUAUCAAUUAACCCACCAGUUGGUUUUCAAUGAAUCAUUCACUCCAUGAAAUACAAUAAAGAACAGCAAAACCAUAAUCAUCCAUCAGUGUCAUGGAGCAUCUUAAUAAGAUGAAAACCUUGAGUAUUCAGAUGUAAACUUGAGUAUUCAUAUCGACCUUAAAA